UUAAAUUAACCAAAUAUGUGGCCUCGUUUCGGUGUAAAAGUGGGCAACAGCACCCUAUGUAUUGCUCAAGUUAAACCAUCCGAUUCGAAACCCGAUGUCAUAGCCAACAAACAGGGAGACAGAACAUCGCAAGCAUGUCUGCUGUGGGAUGGAGCAGAGGAAAUAGAAUGUGGAUUGACGGCGAAACAGAAAAUGUCUUCGAAGCCAAAACAGGCGGUGGCCAAUAGUUUUCAGUUUCUGAAAGACCCCCAAGAUAUGGCCGAAGAGUUUGUGGAGAAGGCCCAGCGGACCAUACCAUGUGAGUACAACAGUGAGAAGCACACGUUUGUUUUGAAAGCCACUCAACCGUCAGACGAUGAUGAAGACAAAGUUGUGACAAAAGAACUGUCCGCCUUUGAUGUACAAGUUAAGCUGUUCGAGUCCGAAUUGGAAUUGGCCAAACAGUAUUACAAUGAACAGGGUAAACCAACGGUUGUGCUAUCAAUUCCCAGUUAUUACCCGGAAAAGUCGUGGCCUCUACUGGCCAAGGCGGCCGAAAAAGCUGGCUUCCAUGUUGCUCAGAUUGUCGACGAGCCGACAGCAGCCAUUCUUGCUUAUGGCAUCGGGGAGGAGGACAACAACGACGAUUCGAAAUAUGUGUGGACAAUUAAAUGUGGCGGCAUUUAUUCCCAUUUUGCUUUGUAUGAAGUUCGACAUGGCCUUUAUACGAAAAUUGAAUGUUUUGGCCCAUUCCCCAUUGGCGGGCAACAAUUCACAGAAGAACUGGUAAAGUUUAUCUGCGAAGAAUUCCAACGUAAAUACAAAUUAGAUCCCCACGAGAGUCGCCGUUCAUUGGCCAAGAUACGCACCGCUGCUGCCAACUGCAAACAUAUUCUAACAACACUGCCAUCAACACAGCUCUACAUCGAUUCGUUAAUGGAUGGUGUGGACUUCAAUGUACAAAUGUCAAGGGCACGCUUUGAGAGUCUUAUCCAGCCUGUUAUUAGUAAUUUUAUGCAAACGUUAAAUGAAAAUGUGGACAAGGCAUUGAAAAAUCAUCCUCAAGUGAAGAAAAUCGAUUCAAUUGUUUUGCUUGGUGCCACGACACAAAUUCCAAAACUCCAAUCUGCCAUAUCAGGACGUUAUCCGGAAGCGGAAAUUAAUAGCUCAAUUUCGGCUGACGAAGUUGUGGCUGUCGGCUGUGCCCGUCAAAGUCUGUUUUUGAUCGAUAGCGAGAAACAAGUUCUUGAGCCAUCCGAGGAAUGUGAUUGUGUCGAGGAGGAGGUUACAAUUUGGCAUGGAACGCCGGAGGAUGAGGCAAAUGCUCAAAAAUUAUUAAAUCCUGGUGAUGUACUUCCAAAAACUGUGGUCUUAAAUAUCAAAUUAAAAGAUUCGUCGUUGGAUUCGGAAACGUUUCAAAUUCGUUUCGGCACACAGACUGUGGAGGUUAAUGUCCACAAAGCUGCAAGUAGUAUACCCGAAGAGGGCUUUGUACGUCUGGAAGCGGAUAUACAGAAGGCGGAGAAUAGCGUACCAUUGGUUCGUCUGAAAUGUAUAUGAUUGUGGUUCAG